AAAAUCUGUUGAUUCUCCUUAAUUAGCGUCAAUCUUCAACACAAACAUCAAUGGACAAUUCAUGGAUAACAAUAUCAGAUUCACUCUUGUGAAUACUAGUUCGAACCGUUGGUUGACAAUACGAUUAGAAAGCUUAGGAGGUCUCCUGAUUUGGUUGAUAGCAACAUUUGCUGUCUUACAAAAUGCAAGAUCAGAAAACCCUGCAAAGAUGGCAUCUACAAUGGGUCUACUUCUAAGUUAUACAUUGAACAUAACAAAUCUUUUAAGUGGUGUCCGAAGACAAGCAAGUAAAGCUGAAAAUAGUUUGAAUUCGGUCGAACGUAUUGACACAUAUAUAAAUUUAGAAACUGAGGGUCUUGGUAUAAUUGAGACAAAUCGUCCACCACCCGGAUGGCCAACGUCAGGAUCAAUCGAGUUUGAGAAUGUUGUUCUUAGUUAUAGGCCUGAACUUCCACCAGUCUUGCAUGGAUUGUCUUUUACGGUACCUUCGACUGAGAAGAUAGGUGUAGUUGGAAGAACUGGUGCAGGAAAGUCUAGCAUCCUUAAUGCAUUAUUUCGAAUUGUUGAACUACAAAGUGGAAGAAUCAUUAUUGAUGGAUGUGAUAUUUCUACAUUUGAACUAGCUGAUUUGCGAAGAGUUCUUACUAUCAUACCUCAAUCACCAGUUCUUUUCUCCGGUAUGAACUAUAACCAUAAAUCUUAUUCUAUAUUUAGUUAAUCAAGGGUAAGUUUAAUUUUGAUCCACUGUCUGCAAAAUUUUGAUUCAUUGUGAAUAAACAUUCUCUAUGAAUUUGAAUAUAACAUUUCUGUUCUGAAAACUGUCAUUCUAUCUUUUAGGAAC